AAAUAAACAAUUGACGACGGAUCACGCCUUCCAAUGAGGAUAACAGUAGGUACAGACUCCAGCAAACAAAACACUCUUUCAUUCAAGUUUCAAAAGUCAGCCCGAUUCAAUUUGUAUAGCUGCUGACCCCCAUUUCUCUUCUUUCUAAAAACUGCAUUCCCAGCAGACAAGUUUACACAAUCAAAAAAAAAUCCAAUCAAAUUUUGAGCUAUGGAGUUUGAAGUCAGAGUGGUGGGAGGUAUAGAGAGCUGCUUUGUUUCUCUGCCACUAUCUUUGAUCCACACCCUCCAGAAUACUACUUUCUCUGGUUCCCUCCCUCCAAUUCUACCCCUUGAACUUCGUUCGGUAAGAAAUAGUAGUCAACUUUGGCAUGUUUCUUGGUCUGGCUCUGCUUCCUCUUCCUCUUCCAUAGAGGUUGCUCAAUUGUAUGCAGAAUGUAUCGGUUUGUUAGACCGUACGGCUGUUCAAGUAAAGGUGAGUCCCAAUGUGCCAAAAGCCACUUUAGUCUCUAUUGAGCCGCAUACAGAAGAUGAUUGGGAAAUUUUGGAACUUAAUGCUGAGCAUGCAGAACAAGCAAUUUUGAAGCAGAGUUUACUGGAUCGAAUUUUCCCUGGUUAUAUAGAGAAAACAGAAAACUAAUUCAACAGUUUCUCAAUCUACUUGCAAAAUGGUGUAGGUGGGAAUUGUGCAUGAAGAAAUGAGAUUUCCUUUGUGGUUGCAUGGGCAGACAAGCAUUACAUUUCUUGUUGUCUCAACCUUACCAAAGAAACCGGUAGUUCAACUUGUCCCAGGAACUGAAGUGGCUGUUGCCCCUAAGAGGCGUAAAAGACACUCGGAUCCUCAUCAAGAUUCCAUUAUGUCAGCAGAGAGGGAUGAUCACAAAUCUAAGGCCUUCCUGCGUCUUCAAGAUAUAAAUGAAACUACCAUUAACAAAGAGAUCCACGGUUUUGAUGUUGGUGUCGCACUCACUUCUGUUAUCUUCAUUCAUCCUGAAACAGCUGACAAGUACUCACUCAGCUCUCUUGAGCUUGUGUUAAUUGUUCCCAGAAAGCCAUCUAAGGAACAUGAGGGAAAUCAUCAACCAGAAAACCAAAGAAUAAAAGGUGGUAAAACAGCAAAAGAAGUCAACGGUGAUAAAUGGGAGAAGGGUCAAGCAGUUGUGCGUCUGCUAUUUUCAGAAUCAGUUGCCAGAGGACAUGUGAUGCUUUCUCAGUCUCUUCGUCUUUAUUUGAGGGCAGGCUUACGUUCAUGGGCAUAUUUGAAGAGCUGGCAGGGUAAUUUGAAUAAAGAAAUUUCCCUGUUGAGGAUAUCACCUUGCCAAGUAGAAAAGUUUCAGAAGUAUGAGAUAUUUGAAAACAACGGGGCCAAAGUUUUGGAUAGUCAGAAGAAUUCUAGAACCGCAGAAAUGCUUCUUGGGAAGAAUAUGGAGGCAGAGAUGGUUGUGGCAAAUUGGUCAAUGCAUCAGAGGAUAGCUGCUGCUAUUUCCAAUGAAUUUCGUGGCAAUGAAGACGACAAAGAUCAUACUGUUGAGACUAGCAUAAAGAAAGUACUGUCAGCUUUCUUGCUUGCUUGGUAUCUAGCUCAACUUGAUGCAAUUGCUUCUAGUACAGGUGUGAAACUUAAUUCUUUGGUGAUUGGUAGCAACACUUUACUUCACUUUGUGGUCAAACAAAAUUUGGUCGAGCAGUUUGGAAAGCAAGGACCUGCAGAUGCUUUGUCGAAAACUCAAUUUCAAGCUGGGGACACACCAGUUGACAUCUUUUAUGUUCUCUCAGUUUCUGAGCAGACACUGCCUGCCAAAAAGUUGGAUUUAUUUGAACUCUCUAUUGAUAGUACUUCUGGAAAUACAUUUGACUCUCACUUAAAUGUCCUGCUCCCUAAAGUGCAGUUGGGUGAUCAUAAAUUCAUUUCUGCUGUCGACCAGAGAGUGCCUGCCAAAUCAGUGGGCCUGACAGUAUCUUCGUUGAACUGGAUGGGUAGAAUCCUAUCAGAUGUGAUAGACAGAUUGAAAGCUUUUCUCUUAUCAAAUUCUGGGGUAACAUAUAAUAACUUCGGUCUUCCUUUGCCGGGUCAUAUUCUGAUUUACGGUCCUCCUGGUUCCGGAAAAACACUAUUAGCCACAGUAGCUGGAAAAUCAGUUCAAGAAGGUGAUGAAAUUCUGGCACACAUCGUCAAUGUAAGUUGUUCUAGACUGGCUUCAGAAAAGCCGUCAACCGUUCGUCAAGAAUUUGCAAGCUACAUAGCUGAAGCCCUAGAUCAUGCACCUUCUGUUAUUAUCUUUGAUGAUCUUGACAGCCUUAUUCCAUCAUCCUCCAACUCAGAAGGACUGCAACAGCCCUUGACUUCUGUUGGACUUGAUCAAUUUCUUGUGGAUAUUAUUGAUGAAUAUGAGGAAAAGAGAAGAACUUUGUGUGGGAUUGGCCCUGUUGCUUUCAUAGCUACUGCACAGUUGCUGACCAAUCUGCCACAGACAUUGACCUCUUCUGGAAGAUUUGACUUUCAUGUUAAGUUGCCUGCUCCUGCUGCUGCGGAGCGUGCCGCGUUGCUGAAUCAUGAACUUCAGAGGCGCUCCUUGGAAUGUUCUGAUGAUAUCAUUGCAGACAUAGCAUCAAAGUGUGAUGGAUAUGACGCAUACGACAUUGAAAUACUCGUUGAUAGGUCUGUACAUUCUGCUGUUGGUCGUUGUUUGUCCAGUGACUUAGGUUCUAAGGAGUGUAUGAAGCCCCUUUUAGUUAAAGAUGAUUUUCUUAGUGCCAUGCACGACUUCCUUCCAGUUGCAAUGCGGGAUAUUACCAAACCUCCUUCUGAAGGAAGUCGUUCUGGUUGGGAGGAUGUUGGUGGUCUUCAAGAUAUCCAAAAUGCUAUAAAAGAGAUGAUUGAGUUGCCUUCAAAGUUCCCAAAUAUAUUUGCCCAAGCUCCUUUAAGGAUGCGCUCCAAUGUUCUUCUAUAUGGCCCCCCUGGUUGUGGAAAAACACAUAUUGUUGGUGCUGCUGCAUCAUCCUGUUCAUUGCGGUUUAUCUCAGUUAAAGGGCCUGAGUUGCUGAACAAAUAUAUUGGUGCCUCUGAGCAAGCUGUACGAGACAUAUUCUCAAAAGCAGCUGCAGCUGCGCCAUGCCUUUUAUUUUUUGAUGAAUUUGAUUCCAUUGCACCAAAGAGAGGGCAUGACAAUACUGGUGUGACAGAUCGAGUUGUUAAUCAGUUUUUGACCGAAUUAGAUGGUGUCGAAGUCUUGACAGGCGUAUUUGUUUUUGCUGCAACAAGCAGACCAGAUUUGCUUGAUGCUGCACUUCUCCGACCUGGAAGGCUCGAUCGCCUUCUUUUCUGUGAUUUUCCUACGGAGAAUGAGAGGUUAGACAUCUUGAAAGUUCUUUCUAGAAAGCUGCCAUUGGCAAAUGAUGUUGAUUUGGCUGCUAUAGCUCGUGUGACUGAAGGGUUUAGUGGGGCCGAUCUUCAAGCACUACUAUCAGAUGCACAGCUUGAAGCAGUCCACAAUCUUUUAGGCAAUGAGAAUGAAAGUGAGAGCAAAAAGAUGCCAAUAAUUUCCGACUCUCUUUUGAAAGUUAUCGCCUCCAAGGCAAAGUCAUCAGUUUCAGAUUCAGAGAAACAGCGGUUAUAUGAUAUUUAUAGACAAUUUUUAGAUUCAAAGAGGUCUGUUGCUGCACAGUCAAGAGAUGCGAAGGGAAAAAGAGCAACCCUGGCUUAAGGUUUACAGAAGCGGGGUAACUGGCAAAAGUAGAAAAUAAGCUCCAAAGUUGUUCAGUGAGUGAAUACCAACAUCUGAGUCCAGUUAUUGGUGAAUAACAUGUAUUACCUUGUGCUCUCUCCGUCCUAUAAUUAUUAUCCAAUUUGGAUUUUCAUAUCUAGUUCAAAUUGUACUAAAAGUGAAAUUUUAAACUGGACAAUAAUUUUGGGACAGAGGGAAUUUUAAUCUUUUUUAAUCGUUCAUUUGAGUGGUAUUCAUUUCAGAUGCAUAUAACCCAACGUGGAAUCAUCAUCAUCAUCAUUAUUAUUAUUAUUAUUAUUAUUAUUAUGUAAAUAAAAAGAUGACCCUUUUAAAUCACUUGCAUACAUUCUUGAAGUCACGCAUGACUCUUGCACUUGUAAUUUUGUCAUUUACUAGUUCUCCUGCGCACUGUGCGGGUGCUGCAGAACGGAAAGAGAAAAAAUACACAUGUAUAUUACUAUAUUCAAUGUCAUGCAUGAUAUUUUCUAUUUAAAAAAUCGAAUAAAAUGAGGGUGUGUUUUAAAAAUGAAAUAUACACUUUCUUUUCU